AAACAUGGAGCAAAAUGAUAUCAGAAACAAAACGAAGAAACCGACGAAAUUCUCAAAUUUUGGAAGACCGAUUAUCACUCCAAAAAGUCUAUUGACAACAUCUUCGGACGAGGCUCCUGCCAAAAAGUCAAAAUAUACUGCUGAGAUAGAUGAGCAAUUGAAAGUCCUACAUGCUGCGUUGCAGAGUAAGAUAAAAAAUAAAUCACCUAAUCCACAGCCCUCAACAUCAAAGUCGCAGAAAAAUUUACCAAUAAGGCUCAAUUCUUCUGUCUCACCUAAAACUGUCUGCUUGAACUCGAAUGCGUCUGAAGAACUGACCGCAAACUCAAGUUCCGAGCACGCAAAAAAGCCGGUGAAUUCCACACCAUGUAAAGACAAAUCAGGGACACGGAAAACACAACUGUUCCCUGAAGAUUUCAGAAGAAUAUUUUAA